AUGGGCGCUCUCUUGUCCAUCCCCGUCUUCGCCGGGAUCGGCUCGCUCGGCACCACACUCUGCUCCACAUGCGCAGUCUUCAUGGGCGGCACAGCUGCGUCGGCGUUCUGCAAGUCGUGCAACUGCAACUCGUCCAUCGCGACGCGUGUAGGCUAUGGUAUCAUUUUUGCCAUCGCGAGUAUGCUGGCGUACAUAUCGCGAACAGACAUGGGUAUCAAAUGGUUGGAACGAAUCUCGUGGGAUUGGAUCAAGAUGGACUGCAGCGGCGGCAAGUGCUACGGGCUCCUCGCUGUUCACCGCUUCGAGUUUGCCCUCACGCUCUUCCACUUGAUCCUUAGCGCGCUGCUCAUCGGUGUGCGGUCCACCAAGAGCAAGCGCUCGGCGAUCCAGAACGGGUGGUGGGGCCUCAAGCUCAUGACGUACUUCCUUCUGUGCUUCAUUGCGUUCCUCAUCCCCAACGAGUUCUUCAUGUUCUACGGCUCGUACAUUGUCCCUAUCGGCGCAUGUGUGUUCAUCCUCAUCGGACUGGUCCUUCUCGUCGACUUUGCGCACACCUGGUCCGAGACGUGCCUCGACAAUUGGGAGCGGACCGACUCGAAUCUGUGGCAAUUCAUCCUCGUCGGCUCGACGUUUGGCCUGUACAUCGCGACGAUCGCUGUGACCGUCGUGCUUUACGUGUUCUUCUCGGGCUCGGGGUGCGGCCUCAACACGUUCUUUGUCACCGCCAAUCUCUUCCUGUGCAUCAUCGUCACCAUCCUCGCCAUCUCUGGUCCAGUGCAAGAGGCCAACCCCAAGUCUGGCCUCACGCAGGCAGCCAUGGUGGCCGCGUACUGCACGUACCUGACCUCGUCGGCGGUCGUCAACCACACAGACGACGGACACUGCAACCCUCUCCAGAAGGCGACGAGCGGAACCAAGACGACGACGGUUGUCCUUGGCGCGCUGUUUACCUUCAUCGCCAUUGCAUACUCGACGACGCGUGCUGCUACGCAGUCCAAGGCGCUCGUCGGCAAGGGCCACCGUGCGGGUGUGAUCCAGCUCCCCGAGGGCGAGGAGGACGGUGAGGUGAGACUGAUCACCUCGCAGCCAAAGGGCCGCCGCGACGAGAUGCGAUACCAGGCCAUUCUGGCCGCCGUCAACGCUGGCUCGCUCCCCGCAUCAGUUCUCGACGAACCCGAGGACGAUGAUGAGGAGAUUGAGGCCGCCAUGGGUGAGGAACGUGACGACGAGCGCUCUGGCACCAAGUACAACUAUUCGUGGUUCCACAUCAUCUUUGCCAUCGCGUCCAUGUACGUCGCGGGCCUCCUCACGGACUGGGCUGUCAUCUCGACCUCUCCUGUCGAUCACCCAGUCGACCAGGGCACAGUCCUCAUGAUCCGCGCCGAGCCAGACGUGUACAUUGGCCGGUCCGAAGCGACCAUGUGGAUGCGCGUCGUCAGCAGCUGGCUCUGCUACGUGGUGUACGUCUGGAGCCUCGUCGCGCCACUUGUCAUGCCUGACCGCUUCGGUAGUGACUGA